UAUCCGUCCUAAACAACUUGUUGCUAGCGCCCCCAGCGUUCGUAUUGUUUUAGCCUUAUUAAUUUUGAACGGCCCUCAGCGGCCGACAGAUUCUGCGGUCCUCUGGAAUUCGUAGUUUCGGCUGCGCGCAUCUGCGGCCAAUCUUUGGACAUAAAAAUGUUUUAAAUUAGAACCGAAUGAAACCUUACCGUGGAAACAUUUUGAAGUCUUUUAAACCACCGUGCAGUCGCUCGAACUCUGCUCACAAGCGACCGUUAUGUCUCCAGGAAGCUGACGUCGACGAAAGGUUGAUGUUUUGGAGCGAUUGCUGAAGCAGCGGGGAGCUUGGUCUAUCGCCUUGCCCUCAUCAUGAAGAUCAACGACAAGAACCUAGUCACCUUCGCGCUGAGCAACACCCCCGUGGACCGAGAAGGCUGGCUCAUGAAGCGGGGCGAAGUGAACCGGUCCUUCCAAAAGCGCUGGUUCCUGCUCAAGGGCAACCUGCUCUUCUACUUCGAGAAGAAGACGGACCGCGAACCCGUCGGCGUCGUCAUCCUCGAAGGCUGCACCGUCGAAUUGGCCGAAAACGAAGAGCUGUUCGCCUUCAAGGUGGUGUUCCACGGCUCGGGCCACCGGAUGUACAUGCUUUCGGCUGAGUCGCAGGAGUGCAUGGAGGGCUGGAUGAAGGCCCUGGCCUGCGCCUCGUACGACUACAUGAAGCUCAUGGUGGCCGAGCUGCAGCGCCAGCUCAGCGAGGUGGCCGAGGCCGAGCGGCUUGCCAAGUGCGGCAACACCACGCCGCUGCUCGUCGGGGGCCAGCUGCCGGCCAACCGGUCGGACAGCUGCCUGUGCGUGCGCGACACCUCGGGCCGCACCGCCCGCUUCAACCCCUUCGAUCGCUGGAAGGAGGACUUUGCCGCCGGCAGCGAGGGGGCGGCGCCGCCGGUCGCGUCGGCAUCACCACGUGCCGUGGCGUCGGCCAAGUACACAUUUGCCGAGCUGCACCGGCAGUACGGGACGAGGGUGAGAAAGCUCAUCGAGGAGAGGAGGCGGAGGGAAGAGAAGGAGCGGGGACUCGAACUGCUCAUCGACCUCUGAAGAAGGGAGCAGAGCUCAUCGAUGCGGCGCCGUGUGGAUUCCGUUUCUUCGACGUGGGCCGCGACACCGGAGGUGUUGCGCUGUGCGGGUAAUCUCGUGCAUUUCCGGAGCGUUUAGGAACAGUGCGUAGCAUGCGAUGGCCGGAACGAGACUGGACGUGUUGUACUGACCUGAAAACUAAUGUGUGCUGCUCAACGUUGCUGGUCGGCCCAUUAGUCUGCCUUGCAUCGCUUGUUUAGGGAGUUGUUACAACUCGGACUGAGGAUUUGUGGCAAUGCCAUCCAGACACGAGACAAGUUCAGGUAGUUUCCUUUGCAGGUCUCGCGUGCCAUUAACGGAGCAUAGUGGUGCCCCCUUCAUCUUGUGGCCCGAGUACCAGUUGACCCGCAAUUAUGACGCAUUUCUAAAACUGUUUUUCUACCAGUGCAGAAUUACGGGGAAAAAAAUGUUUUAUCUUCAUCUGCUGCACUCAGCUUAGGAUUGUCACUCUGUUGUAGCACAGCAGCAUCACACCGUGCCAUAUAUUCCUGUAUGGUGCAGUGUGGGCGGAAAGUUUGAGGGUGCUAAUGGUAUGCAAGUGCUUGUGCAAAUGAAGUGCUUUUGACGGGUACACAAACCCAGCCAUAUUCCCUGCUGUAAAUAUUAGUACUGCGAGAUCGUCCAGACAGAAAAGGCUAGUCUUGCCAUAGGUUGCGUUCCAUCACGUUUUUACCCCCGGUGAUCUUGAACCGAUAUCAAUAAAUGUACAAAUUUCC